AUGGCAAACAUUAUCCGAAUUCCUCCUCACCAUUUCAUCCAUGUCCUUGACACUAACUCUAACGUCACGCGUCUUGAUGUUGGUCCUAAGAUUUUUAUCAAACAAGACCACGAAAAGGUAGUCACUGGCAAAGACCCAGUUCCAAUGACUUCAAUUCCUCCGAGAUCUUUUGCAGUAAUAAACAACCCUGUCAUCAGAAAUCCAGAUAAAUCACUGAGCAUUGAUAAGUACGGACAAGUGAAUGUUCGCCAUGGAGAUCAAGAAAUCAGAUUCCAUGAGGAUUAUCCAGAUCCAUUCCCUCUAUACCCUCGUGAAGAAAUCAUUGGAAGGGUCACUGCGCUUCGUGUUGUAGCUCCUGAUACAGCUCUUUUAAUAGAAUCUGAAAGAGCUUUCACAGAUGAAGAAGAAAAUAAAAGGCAGCCAGGUGAUUUGUGGUACUUCAAAGGUCCAGGGACUUAUUAUCCAAGAAUCGAAGAAAGAGUAGUAAGAGAAGUUGAAGCCAAAAAAAUCAAAGUAAAUCAAGCCUUAAAGCUCAGAGCUCAAAGAGAAUUGACUGAUAUCGAAGGAAAUAUCAGAAAAGCAGGUGAAGAUUGGCUUAUCAGAACACCUGGUGCUUACCUACCAGGAGUUUAUGAAACUGUCAUCGAAACUCUUGAAGCCAAAAUUCUUACUGACUAUAAAGCUAUAGCUGUUAGAGCCACUAGAGCAUUUAUUGAUGUUUAUGGAAUUAAAAGAAAAGCAGGAGAAGAAUGGCUUGUGACUUCAGAAAUGAGCCCACUUCAUAUAAUUGACGUUUAUGAAGAAUUCAUUGGAGAUGUGAAAAUUUAUGCCCAAAAUAAUUGAAAAUUUUUACAUUUAAAAUAUUUUUGUAGUAUAAAUAAAAAGUACCUUAAAAGGUAUACAGUUCUGGAUAAAAAUCAAUACUGCGUUGUCUUAGAUCCUUUUGAUAAAGAACUUGGGACAAAUCGCUAUGGUUUCAAAGAACAACGCUGGGGUGAAAGAAGCUUUUUCUUAAUUCCUGGUGAAAGUUUAGAAGGCGGAAUUAAAAAUAAAUACAUCUUAGCUGACGAUGAAGCUUUACUGUUGAGAGCGAAAGAAGGACUUCACAGUGAAGGAGAAGACAGAAAACCUGGAGACAGAUGGAUGAUUUAUGGGCCUUGCUCAUAUAUGCCACCUACUCAGGUAGAAAUUUUGGAAGUAAGAAAAGCAAUACCUUUGCAUAUUAAUGAAGGAAUUUAUGUCAGAGACAUCAAAUCCGGACAGGUGAGAUCAGAAAUUGGUAAGAGCUACAUGCUUAAGCCUCAUGAAGAACUAUGGGAGAUGGAACUCAGUGACGUCGUUGAAGAACUUCUAAGCCAACAAGGCCAAGCUAGAACGAAUAAAACUAGAGUUGUCACUUAUAAAUGCCCUGCAAACUCUAUUGUCCAAGUCUACGAUUACAAGUCAAAGGUAUCUCGCACAGUGCUAGGACCAAACCUUGUCAUGCUUUCUCCAGAUGAACAGUUUACAGUCAACAUCUUGUCAGGUGGUAAGCCAAAACGUGUCGGCGUAAUUAAAACUCUGCAUUUAAUGCUCGGCCCUGAUUUCAGUACUGACAUCAUAGAAGUCGAUACAUCAGAUCAUUGUCGUCUCCGCCUGCAGCUUUCUUAUAACUGGAAAUUCAACAUCGACAAAAGUGAUGAGGAAACUCACAAGCAAGUCUUCAAGGUCCGUGACUUCGUCGGAAACCUCUGCAAUUUCAUGGCUUCCAGAGUAAGAGGAGCAGUUGCUGGGGCAUCUUUUGACCAAUUCCAUAGAGAAUCUGCAAGAAUUAUCAGAAAAUCUGUAUUUGGACUUGAUGAGUCAGGACAUGUUAAUGACGAUUUCAAAUUCGAUGAAAAUAAUUUGGUCUUGACUAAUGUGGAUAUUCAGUCUGUAGAGCCUGUCGAUCGUCAAACUAAGGAAAGACUACAAGAGUCUGUUACCAUGGCUAUUGAAAUUACAACUCAAACUGAAGAAGCUAAGGCUAGACAUGCAUCAGAAAGGCAAGCUCAAGAAGCUGAAGGACAGCUGGAGAAGCUGAGAAUUGAAGGCCAGUUGAAGGUAGAAGCCGAGAACAAUAAACUAUAUUUACUGAAAAGCCAAACUGAAAAUGUGGAAAGCGAAGGUAUUGCUACUGCAACAGCCAAGGCUAUGACUGAAAAGAAUAGAAUUGAAGCUCAAAGCAAAAAAGAUGCAGCUGAGCUGAACUCACGCGCAGAAAAAUUAAAGAGAGAAAACGAAAUCAACCAUACCAAAGAAAAGCAAAGUCUUGAAAUUGAAUAUCAAAGGAAAAUCGAUGACCUUGAAAUCACUAAAGCAAGAAGACUAGCAGAGAUUGAGAGCGAAAAAUUCAAAGGUAUCAUUAGAAGCAUUGGAAGUGAUACACUGGUCGCCAUUUCUGAAGCGGUUCCUUCACACGAGGUCUACUCCAUAAAGACUAUUUUUUUUUGGCCUAUUUUUUUUGGCCUAAUUUUUUUUUGGCCUAUUUUUUUUGGCCUAUUUUUUUUUGGCCUAUUUUUUUUUUGGCCUAUUUUUUUUUGGACUAUUUUUUUUUGCCUAUUUUUUUUUGGCCUAUUUUUUUUGACUUUUUUUUGACUUUUUUUUGGCAUUUUUUAGCUAUUUUUUUACUAAUAUUUGGGCCUAAUUUCAUACUAAUGAUUUUAAUAUAAUUUUUACUGCAUUUUAAACGAUUUUAUCAACAUAAAAUACACCUUUAAACAGAUCUCUUACUCCAUGAAUGCUAAUUCAUUGCUUUUUAAAUUUCGAGAAUUUUAAAUUUAAUUAGGAUUUUUCCACUUAAUUUACUCAAUAUUAAUCGUGUAAGGAAAAUACAUCCGUUACCCAAUAAUUAUUUAGUCUCUCAGCAGCUUCAUGAAUUAUCCUCGACAGAAAAAAUAGGCCAAAAAAAAUAGGCCAAAAAAAAAUAGGCCAAAAAAAAAUAGGCCAAAAAAAAAUAGUCGUUAUGGAGUAGACCUCGUGUGAAGACACGUUCUGAAGCUGGACCAAAGAUGCAGGCAGAGUUAUUGGGAGGAUUGGGACUUACUGGAUACAUGCUGUGUGAUACUGAAAAUCCAAUUAAUCUUUUCAACACUGCUCAAGGAAUGCUUGGAGCUGCCGCUAAUCAGCAGCCAAAUAAUUAA